AUGGUAGAUUGGCGAAGACGUUGGAACGCCAACUACGCUAUCCCCUUGCGUGUUCUCGAGGCGCUGCACGGCGAUCAUCCUUCAGCUCAGUUAAAAGUCAAGAACCACAACCGCAAGGAUUUUGCUCUAGAUGAAGCUCUCCUGUCAUCACCUCAGCUCCACACACUCGACAUUACAGUCCGGUGCUUCCAUCGGGGAGCAACACGUCUGCAGGACGAAAACAGCGAUCUCUCCAAGCUCAAGACACUACUCAUGCGGGGCCGCAACCUCAAGGUUCUACGAUUGCGUCUCAGCAAACAGCAACACUUUACCAUGGCUGCGAGAAGUCAACGCAACAGCUACACGGCUAUGGCCGUUGGCGGAUCUCAUUUCCGAUUCCAGGAAACGGAUACGUUCCCCACUCUCGAAGAGCUGGUCAUCUCCAAAGCUGAUGACCUUGCGCCUGCCUACGAGCUUAGCCCUAAGCACUGCAGCGAUUGGGCCUACGCCAUGGACUGGAGUGAGAUGCGCAUCUUGGAUGUGGCAUCCACUAAUUCUGAACACCUACUACUAGAGAUCGCUGGUCUAGUACCCAAGCUACACACGCUAAGUUUGAACCCGUCCUCCAUCGACUACACUACUCUCCAAAGUUUCCUGGAGACUGUGCCACUGUUGACAGAUCUGAAGCUGGUUUCUGGAAUUGAUCCAUAUGCCUUUCCCGCCAACAUAGCGGACGUCUAG